UCUAGUUACAAGAUGGUACAUGACUUGUUCAUGGCAGUCUUCAAUUUCUGUAGCAGGUGAUAGAGAAGUUUUUAUGCUUGGUGGAUCCAACCAUGGCGUAUUAAGUGAUCCUGAGAAGAUGAGCCCUGCAAAGCCUUUAUCUGAAAAUUCGAACGAAGCUGCUCUUGAGAAAGUAUCUGGUCUUGACGACGCGAAAGUUGUUCAAAUUGCUGCUGGAGCUGAGCACUCUGCAUUAGUAACAGAUAAUGGAAUAAUUAUGACAUGGGGUUGGGGUGAACACGGUCAACUUGGCUUGGGAAACACUAGUGAUCAAACCCAAGGCAGUAAGUCUGGAUGA